AUGUCCGUGAAAUAUUUAACAAAUCGAACAUUAUUUCAGAAAUUUUCUACAAAUUUGAAUAAAAGGUUUCUAGCAACAGUAUCCACUACAUCAAAAUUGGAAGAUAUUUAUGACAUUGUAAUAGUCGGAGGAGGUAUAGCAGGAAGUGCGUUAGCAUGUGCUUUGGCAACUUCAAACUUAACUAAAUUGCAAAAACGUAUUGCAUUAAUCGAAUCUAGUAACACAUCAAACAUAAGAGAAUGGAACCCUCUACAAGGAGAAUUUUCAAAUCGAGUUAGUUCUUUAACACCACGUUCCGUUCAAUUUUUCAAAGGGGUUUGGCAAAAUAUUAAUGAAGAACGAAUAAAACCAUUUAGUGAUAUGCAAGUCUGGGAUGGAAUAAGCGAUGCAAGGAUUCGAUAUAAUAACGAAAGUGAUAAAAAAGGACCGUUAGCAUGGAUAUUGGAAAACUAUAAUAUUCAACAUGCAAUUCUUAAAACGUUUGAUAAAGAUAAAAGUAUCGUUGAUAUUCUUGAUAAUACAAAAGUACAGGAUAUAACUUUUGAUAAAGAAAGUGGAGGUGAACAAUUCGAUCUUUCUGAUUGGCCUAGCGUUGAAUUAAGUGAUGGAAGAAAAUUAAAGGCUAGAUUGUUGGUUGGAGCUGAUGGAUUUAAUUCACCUGUACGAUCCUUUGCCAACAUCGAAUCGCUUGGUUGGGAUUAUAAUUCACAUGCAGUUGUUGCUACCUUACAUGUUGAUCCAAAUAUUGAAAAUAAGACUGCAUGGCAAAGAUUUUUACCAACUGGACCAAUUGCAAUGCUACCGCUCCAAAACGGAUAUUCUUCAAUGGUAUGGUCAACGACACCCAAUCUUGCAACAAAAAUCAAAUCAAUAUCAUCAAAAGAUUUCGCGUGCUUAGUUAAUGCAGCAUUUCAAAUGCGUGUAGCAGAUUUAGAAUACUUUUAUUCACAAUUAGGAAAUAAUGAAUCGGUGGACCUUCAAAGCGAAUUCGAAUGGAGAAAAAGUGUCCAAUUAAAAAAUUCCGAUCCCAAAGAAGAAUUUCCUCCUUUAGUUUUAGGAGUACAAGAAAAAAGUCGUGCUGGAUUUCCAUUAAGAAUGAGGAAUGCCGAAAGUUAUAUUAAAGAAAGAGUUGUAUUAGUUGGGUUAGGAUGCGGCUCAUACAAUACAUCCGUUAGCUGGACAAGGAUUAAAUCAAGGGCUGGCAGAUGUGCACCAUUUAUUACAAGAGACAUAAAUUUGUUAAGAGGAUAUUCGUCAGAGAGAUAUUUAUCGAAUCUUGUGAUGCUUGGAGUCGUAGACAAAUUACAUAAAUUAUUUGGUACAGAUUUUACUCCUACUGUAUUAGCUAGAUCUUUGGGCUUAAAAACUUUAAAUAAUUUGGAACCUGUAAAG